ACUUCCUACUUUUAUUACUGCGGCUCGCGAGGCGAGGCAGUCGCAGUAGAAACGUAGAAACAUGGCGGCACUAGAAGAACUUACACUUAUUGAUGCUGAUAACAAUAAAGAUUAUAAAAUUAUCACAAAUAAAAAAAAUGCACGGAGAGCAGAACAAGAUAUGGCUUUUGCGACAUUUUUAUUAGAAGAGGCCAAAAAAGUUACUGUGCAACCUUUUAUAUACUUACCUUGUAAUUCAGCACGGACUAUCGAUGAACCAAAUGCAAGUACUAGUGCAACCUGCAGUAAUAGUACUACACGUAAUAGUACUACAAAUACUAGUACAACCAGUAAUAGUACUACAAGUAAUAGUACUACACGCAAUAGAACUACAAUACUAGUAUAACCAGUAAUAGUACAAGUAGUAGUGCAACUAGUAGCAAUAAUGACAAUGCAGAAAAUGUAGAAGGCACUCAUAUUUGGGGUAAAGAUGAGACUUUGUUACUCAUAAAUUUAUAUGGGGAAUAUAAAAAGGAGUUCUACAGUGGCAAAUGUACUGUAAAGCAAAACUGGGAAAAAAUUGCAAGGCUAAUGCAGGAUAAGGGUUAUGAUGUAACAGGUGUAAAAUGCUCCACGAAAUUUCAGACUUUAAAACGUACCUACAAAGUCGUUCUAGAUCACAAUAAGAAAAGUGGUAAUAAUUACAGGAAAUGGGAAUAUUAUAAGGUUAUGCACGAGUUAUUUGCGGAUAAACCAUGGGUGCAACCAUUAGCAGUGGCUGGAUCUCAAAUUCAAGAAAUUGAUGACGAAAACAAUGUCGCGGUUUUAGGCAAUUUUAAAGAAAAAAAGGACGAUCCACGAGAAACAUGUAUUAAGAGAAGAAAAUUAAACACAUUUAUAGAACAAUUUAUAACAGAUUCUAAGGAAGAAAGAAAGAAGAGAGCAGAAAUUAGAGAGAAUCAGCACAAUGAGAAAAUGAAUGCGUUUAAGCGCAUUGAAAAUUUAAUGGAAACUUUUCUACAAAAAAACAUAGAUAUGACUGACAAGGGAACCUCGCGAACUCGAAAAUUCUGAUUUUAAUGAAACU